UACUACGACAUAAAUAUACAAACUACUACAUAUUGUCAUUUCGUUAUUUUUUUCUUUGUAUUUUAUUCAUUGAUUCAGCUUUAAUAUGCAACUAACUUCUCCUGAUGCUAUUUCAUGCAUGAUUAUGAAACAAAAGAAGACCUUUCUCUUCGUUAGCCCUUACAUCCAUAGUCACAUCUUCAACAUUGAUCACUUCAAACUUAACAAGAAAAGACUUUCCUUUGUGUCUGUUGAAAAAAUCAAAACUUCGAAUAUUAGAAAGAUCUAUCUAGAACAUAAGUUUCUCGUAGCAAAGCAUUGAAUUGUUUGUGUAACUGUAAUUCAGUUCGACUACACUUUCAAUUGAUCAUGUUUAUUCAGUGAUCUGAACUUCAGAUCAUUAUAGGCUUCCAAAUGUUCUUGUUCAAUAACGUUAAUAUCAAAACGUUUCCUUUUAUUAAUGAUUCUUGAUAAGAUAUAGGACAUAAAUUAAAAUUAAAGAGAUCGUUAGAGAAAAUAGCUAAAAUCAAAAUAAUUACACUUGAAAAGAUUGAUGAUCAACCAUUGUUGAGAAUUUUCUUUCUUUUUCACGAAACCAUUUAAUCCUUUUAAUCCAAGUUGUUGACAAACUCCAUUCACAUAUAAAUUUAAUAGUGGAUAAAUGUUCAAUAUGUUCGAGAAUCAAUUUAACGAAAUAUUACAGUACAUUCAACUUCUAUAUUCGAUCGUUACCUACCAUUAUUCUUUAGUUCAAAAAUACAAACAUCGGGCUCUUUUUCUAGUAUAGUAUUAGUUCACAUACCAAAUACUUAUGAGAAAUUUUCAAAUGAAAAUUUUUAAAUUAAGACCGUCUCUCAUGAAUAAAAUAUUUUCAUUGUGAGAAACAUCGUAGAUUUUCAAAAUCAAAAAAAAAUUAUUUGCUGUUAACUUAAAAUAAAUAAUGGAUGAGAUAGAAGAAAAGUUUUUCUCAGUGAUUGGUCGAAAAUCGAAUAUUAUUUAAUUCAAUGUUUGAAUAAAUCUUUCGAAAAAUUAAUUUUCUGAUAUUUUCUAGUGAAACGAGUCAAUAAAAACAAUGGAUACGAGUUUUCAAUGGAUAAUUAAAAAGUUUUAUCGUCAACCGAUUGUAGAUGUUGAUGAUAGAAUAACAUUUUCUGCAAACAUGAUGAGAUAAAAAGAGAAAGACAUAUUAAGUAUAUUACAUUCUUCAGUUUGAAGUUGAAUUUUAUUUUUCAAAUUAGUCUAUACAAUACGUUGAUAUUUUUAUUCUUAUCAAUCAGUAUUGUAUGAAUGCACAAGAAUCAACAUAAGAAAAUCGUAUUGAUAUGCGUUUGAAAAAUCUUCAAAUGAAUCACAAGUUUAAAUCCUAUUCAAACUAGAGACAAGUUAUUCGUUGGGGGAAUGGUGUCGUAAAAAAAUCAUAGCUGUUGAAAUACUGUAUUUAGCAAGAAAAUGAUCAAAUAGAUUAUGUUUUUUGUUUUGACUGUGAAUGAGAGCGUGAAACGAACCAACUUUUUCAUCCUCAUGUGCAGUUUGGUUCGAUUGUUGUCAUAAGAUGACUUAGAUUCACUCGAUAAUAUUUCCAAGCCAGUGCAUCUUUCUUUCAGGAAUGUAUUCAGAGGAGAUGACUGGGAAUCUGUCUCUCUCGAAAAGAUUUAAAUACCUAGAGAGAAAGAGGUAUGGCAUGAUUUGUUUCCAUAAGACAAAAUUCAUCUGUUACCUAUGACAUCUCUCCUACCGAAAAAUUCUUAGCUAUGUCUCUGCUUUCUUUUCUUCCUGUCUUCUACAUUAUCACAUAUGGAAUUUUCCUUUCAUAUCUCUUUUGUCAUCUGUACUUAUCCUUUAUUCUUUUUCCCAUUAUAGUGUUUUUCCUAUCUUGUUUAUCAUUACGAAUGUUUACAUUACAUUCACUUAUAUGUAUAUAUACAGAAUGUAAUUUCGCAAUAAACAACAUUCUGACGAACAGAUAUUCAUUUUAUUCUAUCUUCAGAGUUAGUCUUGUAAGAAGAUUUUAUUUUUUAUAAUUGUAAGAAUGAGAGUUUUAACGAUUCCAGGAUGUAGAUGUGGGUAUGAAUAUUGGUGAAGAGCAGAACCAUAUCGAUACUCACACGUAUACCCCAUGCCAAAAGCAAUAUAAAAGUAAUUCGACAUCGUGGUCAUAGUGUUGGUUCUGGAAAUAUUUCUGCAAUAUAUUCUUCUCAUCAUGAAAAAACUAUUAUUAUUGAUCAACGAAUUGCUUUUAUUGGAGGAACAUAGGUUAGUUAUUUUUCAAAUUUUAAUUUUAUUAUAUUUUUUAAGAUCUUUUAUAUAUUAAUUUAUUUUUUGAAUAGAAUAAUAGAUUGGGGUGAUGAAAAUAUAACGGAAUUAAAGCUUCCAAGUGAAAUAAUUGAUCAAUCUAAAGAAGAAGCUGCAACUAAUACUAUAGAAAAAAUGGCAAACAAUUCUAUCCUUGGAAAAAUUGUUACUUCAACAAUAAUUUCAAGACCAUUGAUUAAUGAAAUAAAUUCUGAUCAAGAAGAAGAAGAUCUAGUAUUAAAAACAAAUCAAAAUAAAAAUCUUAAUGAUGAUCAAACAAAAACAUUUGGAUCAAUGAAUUCCAUAAAUAAAUUAAAUCUUACCGAAAGAAAACUUUUAAAUGAAGAAGAUAAUAUUCAAAAACAAUCUUAUAAAUAUAAAAAGAACUGGAAAAAAAUACUGAAGAAACAUAAAAAAAAUAAAAGUGAAGAUUCAUCAUCAGAUGAUGAUGAAGAAAUUCUACAAGAAGAAUCAAUUGAAAAUAAAUUUAAAUCAAUUAUUAAUAUAACACCAGUUUUAAAUAAAAAACGUCGAUAUUUUUUAGGCAAAGAUUAUUCAAAUCCUUAUACAAAAGAUUUUGAAUUUCUACAUAAAUUCGAUGAAGAUUAUAUCGAUCGAAAAAAUCAUCCACGAGUGCCAUGGUAUGAUGAAGGUUUAGUUGUUAGUGGAGAAGCAGCAAGAGAUUGUGCAAGACAUUUUAUUCAACGAUGGAAUAUUCAUAAGGCAAGUAAAUAUCCUAACAAUGCUUUAUAUCCAUAUAUUCUUCCAAAAACUUAUGAUGAUAAAGAAUUAAUUGAUUCAUCAAUGCUUUAUAAAAUUCUUGGAGAAGAACGAAAACCUAUUUGUGUUGAUGCUCAAUGUGUUCGUUCUGUUUCAUAUUGGUCAUGUGGAGUACGUGAUAUUGAAUGUUCAAUACAAAAUGCUUAUAUUGAUAUGAUUUAUAAUGCUCAACAUUUUAUUUAUAUUGAAAAUCAAUUUUUUGUCACAACUGUUCAAGAUCAAAAAAUAAAAAAUAGAAUUGGUGAUGCACUUUAUAAUCGUAUAAUACGUGCUCAUAUGAAUAAAGAAAAAUUUCGUGUGUAUGUUGUAUUACCAUUAUUACCUGGAUUUUCGAAUGUUAAUGUUGUUCAAGCUAUUCUUGAACUUAUUAUGAAAUCAAUUAAUAAAGGAGAAACAUCAAUUUAUCAAAGAUUAAAAAAUCAUGGUAUAUCUAAUCCUGAAGAAUAUAUAACAUUUUAUGGAAUGCGUAAUUGGGAUAUAUUAAUGGGUACAUUAGUAACAGAAAUAGUUUAUGUUCAUUCAAAAUUAAUGAUUGUUGAUGAUCGAAAACAAAUGUUAGGUAUUCAAAAUAAACAAGACAUGAGUGUUGAAGGUCCAUGUUCUGAUGAAUUUUACGAAUAUUUUCGUCGAAUAGCAAAAAGUAAUGCACAAAUUUAUGAAGAAGUUUUUAAUACAUUGCCUAACAAUCAUGUAAGAACUUGGGCUGAUGUUAACAUAUAUAGACAACGAUCUAAAUUGAGAGAUACUGAUCCAUUAGUUUCACAUGAAAAAUGCAAAAAAAUUCAAGGUUUUAUUAUUGAAUUUCCAUUAGAAUUUGUAGCUGACGAUGUUCUUUUUCCCAAAUGGACUACAACAGAAGGUAUACUUCCCGUUUCUGUAUGGGCAUAA